CUUCCCCUUCCCCUUCCCCGCGGCUGCCGGGCGGCCUUAGCCCAGAAGGCGGCGGCGCCGGGUUGGUCUCCUUGACUCAGGUCAGCCCCCGGGAAGGCGGGUCCCCACCUCGGCCCGGGGAGUCCCUGAGCCGAUCCCCCAAAACUCGGGGAAGAGACCCCGGAAGCUGCUCAAGCAAUUGCCGGGAGGGAGGGGGAAGCGCGGCGCGCUCAGUACCGCCCGUCGUCUCGCGAUCACGCGGGGCGGAAAAAGGAAGCAAAGGACGGCCCGGACGCCCAAACAGAUUGUAUUCCUCUUGCAAAAACUGGCUCAGAAGUUCACCAACACAACAAAGCCGAGUUUCUUGCUUCCUCGGGCAAGGAGAACACUACUCGGCAACACUUGGGCAGUGCCUCAGAGGGGAGAAGGAAUCUUCAAAAAUCCACCCCAACGCCUUGGCCACUGGAGCCAAUGACGCUGCCCAAACCUGGGAUCUAUUACUUCCCCUGGGAGGUCAGUGCCGGCCAGGCUCCUGACGGGGGCGCACUGCGGACUUUCGGCAGGUUGAGCCUCUACGACAUGACCGAGUCCCGAGCGACCCUGACAGCUCAGCACGGGUCGGAGCAGCACCAGGUUCUCGUCUGUACCAAGUUGGUGGAGCCGUUCCAGGCCCAGGUGGGCUCCCUGUACCUGGUCCUUGGGGAGCUCGAGCAGCAGCAGGGCCGCCGCGUGGUGCGGGCCCGCGUGCUGAGCUGCGUGGAGGGCCUGCAGCUCCCGCUGCUGGAACGGGCGGUGGCGGAGCAGAGGCUGUACCGGCGGGAGCGGGAGCGGGAGCGGGAGGGGGCCGGCCCCUAGGACCGCGGCUCCGGGACCCCGCCCCCCCCCCCCCCGCCGCGGGAAG